GUAAAAUUGUCAGUAAAAAGUAAGUGUGGCUAACAAGCCGAAUAAAAGCUGUAUGAAUACAAUAAAAUAUAAAUUAAUUAAUGAAUAAUGAAUUCACCACCUGAGCUUACCACAGUUUAUCAAGCUGUUUAUUCAUUAUAUCGCAAUUCGGAUCCAACGGAAAAUAAAAAAGCUGCAUCAUGGCUCGACGAACUUCAAAAAUCUAUUUACGCUUGGAAGAUAUCAGACGAAAUGUUACAAGAAAAAAGAGACCCAGAAUCUUGUUAUUUUGCAGCACAAACAAUGCGAACGAAAAUUCAAUAUUAUUUUCAUGAACUACCGGCUGAAUCCCACAUCUCAUUACGGGAUUCGUUAUUAAACCACAUAUCCCAAAUAAAUGAGCAUACAAAUAGUGUAAUCGUUACUCAGUUAUGUUUAGCAUUAGCAGAUUUAGCUCUUCAAAUGUCUUCUUGGGAAAAGCCAGUAACGGAUUUGUUGAACAGAUUCGGUCGAAAUGCUAAUAGUUUGUGGCCACUACUUGAGAUUAUGAAGGUUCUUCCAGAGGAAACGAAUUCUUUAAGAUUAGGAGCAAAUAGAAGAGAAAGUAUUCUUGCAAGUUUAAGUUCAUGUGCUGAUAAAAUAGGAGAUUUUUUAGAAGUUUGUUUGAAGACUAAUGAAGAGAACAUACAAAUUCAUACCCGAGUUAUUAGUUGUUUAACUAGCUGGAUUACAAUACGUGCAACUCCAUUGACAACAAUUAUUUAUAGUAAUGUUGUAUCAUAUACUUUUCGAGUGUUGGGAAAUCAUAUGAGUAACUCACAAUUACAUGAAGCUGCUACGGAUUGUGUAUGUGCGAUACUACAAACAUUAGAACUUGCAAGUAAUGUCGAUGCCUGUGAUUCUGUGCUUGUGCCACACUUUGAACCACGUCUUAUCACUAGUAUUAUGAUGCUAGAACAACCUUACCAUCUUUCUGUAGCACAUGAACAAACUGAUCAGUCGACGAAUUACUGCCGAAUUUUUACUGAAGCAGCAGAGACAUUUUUACUGACAAUAGUUUCAGGCAGCAUGGGAAAUAAACGGCAUUAUGCAAUAAAAAUUUUAGAUCUAGUGCUUAUGUGUGUUGGACAUCAUGAUUAUGAAGUAGCUCAAAUAACUUUUAAUUUCUGGUAUCAAUUAUCUGAAGAAUUGUAUCAAAAGAAUAAUGAAGAACUGAAUAAUACUUUUAAACCAUAUAUUGAACGAUUGAUUGGAGCUUUGUGCAAACAUUGUCAAAUAGAACCAGAUCACCUUGGACUUUUAGAAGAUGAUAGUGUAGCUGAAGAUUUUGUGCUUUUCCGCAACCGAGUGUCUGAAUUGAUAAAAGACGUAGUUUUCAUAGUUGGUAGUAGUCAUUGUUUUCGACAAAUGUUUACGAGAUUAAAUGGAGAUCCUGGACCAGAUGGUCAACCAAUCAGACCAGCGACGUGGGAUUCUGUAGAAGCAUCACUUUAUAUAAUGCAAGCAGUAGCUAAAAAUAUUUUGCCUAAGGAAGAUAAAGUUGUACCUGAAGUCGUGGAAGCUAUUUUGAAUCAAUCAGAAAAUACUCAUAUAGCAGUUAAACACACAAGUAUUAUAUUACUUGGAGAAUUGUGUGAAUGGAUUAAUAAUCAUCCACAAUCAUUGGAGCCAGUGUUAAACUUUUUAUUAACUUGCCUUAAUCAAAAAGGUCUAGCAAGUGCUGCUUCUGGAGCUUUACAUAGUAUCUGUACUGCUUGUCCAGAACAAAUGGCCUUUCAUUUUCCAGGGUUGUUACAAAUUGCACGAUGUCUUGAUAACUUUCCAAUUACUAAUGAAGCCGCUAUUGGUUUGCUGAAAGGUAUAUCUAUAAUUAUGGUAAGAUUACCAUUUGCUGAGAUCACGAAUGCGAUGAAAGAACUCUGUUGGUUCCAAGCAAAGCCUCUUUGCGACCUAAUAGAAGCUACCGUAGCUCCAAUAAAUAGGGGAACAAAAAAUGAUCCUAUUGUUUGGCUUGAUAGAUUAGCUGCUAUUUUUAGAUAUACAAAUCCUCGAAUAGAAGAUACAAAUUUGCCGCAUCCCUGCCAAGCUGUUGUUACAGAAAUGUGGCCGAUAUUAUCGAAUACUUGUACAAGAUAUCAAGCAGAUGCCAAAAUCAUGGAACGUUGUUGUCGAUGUAUACGACAUGCUGUUCGUUGUAUUGGUCAACAUGCGGUACAUCUAUUAGAGCCGAUGGUCAAACAAAUCGUCCAGCUUUAUGCAGCUCAUCAACAUAGUUGCUUUCUAUAUCUUGGUUCCGUUAUGGUUGAUGAAUAUGCUGCUGACCAUGACUGUGCGGCUGGUUUAGUUCAAAUGCUAGAAGCUUUUAUUGGACCCACAUUUACACUACUCCAGCAGCCAGAUGGAUUAAAAAACCAUCCAGAUACAGUUGAUGAUCUCUUUAGGCUAUGCUCAAGAUUUCUUCAAAGAGCACCAAUUGCAUUUUUACACUCACCAGCACGAAUCAGUAUCAUUGAUUGUGCUUUGAGUGCUUGUAGCUUAAAUCAUAAAGAUGCCAAUGCUUCAGUCAUGAAAUUCUUCUUCGAAAUGCUUCGCUGUGGAAGAAAUUACGAUGAACGGUCAGAUUUUACGAUUCGGCGACAGUUGGUUCAAAGUGUGCUGAGAGAAAAAGGUCAAACAUUAGUUACAAAUCUUCUUCAUGCUGCUGUAUUUUCUUUGUCAAUUUAUAUGCUACAAGAUGUUGCAGAUGUUUUUAUUGAAUUAACGUUAACAGAUAGCACGUUAACGGCAAAGUGGUUGGAAGAAGCUAUUAGAUCCAUGCCAACUCAAAAUGCAGGCGGAUCUCCAACAGCAACUCCAGAGCAACUUUUGGAAUUCCAUAGUACAAUUUUACGAAUGACAGACUCGCCGAAAACUGUGAUGCAUGCCGUGCGAACAUUUGCAAGGCUAUUUCGUUAAUGCUGUCUCCAUUAAGAAUUGAAAGGACAAUGAAUGACAAAUCAGGAAUUUAAGAUCUUCAUUUAUUCGCCAUAAUAAUUGACCAAUUAAUUGGGUAAUCAAUACCUUUUUUACUUUAUACCAGUUUUUUACGCUUAGAAAUCGUUCUAACGACAUUUCUCAUAUUUUUAAAGUUGAAACAAUCAAAAUCCAUGGCUUUUUUUGCUGUAAUUUUUUUUUAAGUGCAAUUCCGAGUCCACGAUUUUUGGAAGAACUUUCCAAAAUUUUUUAGUAAGUCGUUAAAACGAUUGACGUAUUGAAAAAAUUAAUAAGUCCUUCAUUACGAUUCAUUUUGAAUUUUAAUAAUCAUUGAACGGUUGUAUAAUUUUAAUAAAUUUUUUAAAUUAUGCAUAUUUAUUUACUUCUCGUAUCUAGUAAUUGUUAGAUACGUUCAUAAAAAUUAAAAAUUAUGUAGGCAUUUUUCUUUUUAACUUUGAUUAUUUGAAGUGAUUAAACAGAGAACAUAACAUGUAUUAUAUAAAUAAACAAUGAUUACGAUUGAAUGUCUAUGUAUAUUAUUAAAGUAAGUGUGCAAAGAAAUGUUCAUAAGAAAUUGUAUCAAUAAGGUGGUGAUUGGCAUGUGCCUAUUUACAAAGUAUUGUAGGUAAUCGGACAAUGCAUUUGAUUAUAAAACCAUUUCAUAAUUAAUCAUUUUGUAAUUAAUAACAUUCAACAUUCGUACAUUGAAUUAUAGGAAAUAAAUGGAUAUAUGAUUUUUUCACUAAAAAUAGUUUUUUCACGCACUA